AUGUCGAUGGACGAGAGACUAGCUGAAGGUUAUUCUACACAAAGACCUCCACUCUUCAAUGGGAAGUACUACGCCUAUUGGAAGACGAGGAUGGAGAUGUUCAUACAGUCCGAGAAUUAUCAAGUCUGGCAAGCUAUCGAGGUAGGAGAUUACGAGGUAACAAAGACCAAUGUAGAAAACGAGGGUUUAGGGCCAGAUGAACACACUCGUGUUAUGGGAUGUAAAACAGCAAAAGAAAUAUGGGAUUUACUAGAAAUAACCCACGAAGGAACUCAUGAAGUUAAACGUUCUAAAAUUGAUAUACUGCUUUCUAAAUAUGAACGUUUUGAAAUGGGUUCAAAAGAAACUAUUCAAGAAAUGUUUACUCGUUUUAAAAAUAUUACUAAUAAAUUAGUUUCUCUUGGUAGAGUUAUUCCUAUGGAUGAACAGGUACGCAAAAUUCUAAGGAGUCUUCCUGAAGAUGAACGGUGGAGAUCCAAAGUGGCAGCUUUGCAGGAAUCAAAGGACUUUACAACUUUCAACCUUGAACAACUUGCAGGUUCCUUAAUAACUCAUGAGCUUCACCUAUCAAACAAAAGCCAAGAAAGUUCAAAGAGCCGAGGAAUUUCUCUAAAGGUUGUCAAACCAAGUGAAGAGGAUUUCGAAUCUGGAGAGGAAGAAGCUGCCAUGCUAGUCAGGAAGCUAAAAAAGUUGUACCGCAACAAAAGGUUUGGUGACCAAAAGAAAAGGAACUUCAAGAAAAACCAAUAUUCCAAGGAAACUGGAGGAUGCCACAAAUGUGGGAACACAGAUCACUUCAUCAAGGAAUGCCCUCUCUGGGAAUCAGAAAAAGGAAAAGGCAAAAUGAAGGAACACGGAAAAUCUAAUACUCCAAACUUUUCAAAAUCUGAUUACAGGAAAGCCAUGAUAGCUGCAUGGGGAGACACAGGUUCCGAGGAUGAAGAAGAAUCCACGGAAGAAGAGACGGCAAACCUGUGUUUGAUGGCUAAACACAGUGAGUCUGCUAAAAAGUCAGAGGAGGUAAAUCUCGAACCUAAAUUUCUGAAAUCCCUGUCAAAAGACAAAUUAAUUUCUUUGCUCAUAGAAACUUUGGAUGAAUAUAAAGAAAUAUGUCUUAAACUUGGACAAAAUGAAAAAGCUCUAGAAAUCUAUAAGGAUCAUAUGAAAUAUUUGAAUAGUUCAAGAACAGAUGUUCAGGGAAGAUUCUUUGAUUUGCUAGAUAGAAACACUAUGCUUAAAGAAACAAUGGAAAGAGUCAAAAAUGAAAAUAUCAUGUUAAAUGUUGAAUUGACUCAGUAUAAAUUGUUAUGCACUAACAUUGAUUCUAAUAAUGCUCUUCAAUUGCCUUUAGUAACCUUUAAUGAUGAUCUUGAAAAUUUGAAAAAAGAAUUGCAGGUUACUAAAGACAAAAAUGAAUCCCUUGAAAAGGAUUUAGAAAGAGCUAGAAACAACAAAAGUGCAAUCCACAUGGGAGUUCCAAAGUGGAUAUCUGAAGCUCAAACCAGAAGGACAGAGGGUUUGGGUUUCAACCACAAAAAGAAGAAUAGUGGUAAAAAGAAAAAGUAUGUGGAACUCCCUAGUGAGAUUGUGUGUUCCUUCUGUGGCAAGUCAGGACACAAAGACACUGAAUGUAAAAGGAAGGAACUCAAGUCUGCUAAAAACAUGAACUAUGUAUGGCAAAAGAAAGUUGAGUCUACUGUGUCAACGCAGGAACCUAUGAAAGAUGGGGUUCCUGAAUCUAACCCUUACAUCAUUCAGAAUGACACUGGGAAAGUUUUGCUGGAAGGAACUCGGAAAGGAAACACUUAUACAGUGGAUCUCAAUACAGUUCCGAGGAACAACUUAACUUGCCUCAGUGUCAUUGAGGAUGAUCCUUUACUGUGGCAUAAACGUUUUGGUCAUGCAAGUUUCUCUUUGAUUGAUAAGUUAAGAACAAGGAACUUGGUAGAGGGACUUCCUUCAAUCAAGUUCCUAUGUGACAAAAUUUGUGACGCUUGUGUGAAAGGAAAGAAGGUCAGGACAUCCUUUAAAUCCAAGAAGAUGGUGAGUUCCACGAAACCCUUAGAGUUAAUUCAUAUGGAUUUAUGUGGUCCUAUGAGAAUUCAAAGUAGAAGUGGAAAGAAGUACGUCUUAGUAAUUGUUGAUGAUUAUUCUAGAUUUACAUGGGUUAUUUUUAUGUCUAGUAAGGAUGAGACUUUUGACGAGUUUGUUACAUUUUCCAAGAGAAUUCAAAAGUCCACAGGUCAUCAACUGAUACACCUUAGAUCCGAUCAUGGCACUGAAUUUGAGAAUUUUAAAUUUGAUGAUUUAUGCAGGGAACAAGGCUUAAGUCAUAAUUUCUUAGCUCCAAGAACUCCACAGCAAAAUGGAGUUGUGGAAAAGAAGAACAUAACCUUAGAAGACAUGGCUCGAACCAUGUUAAUAGCCAGCGAUCUUCCAAGGAACUUCUGGGCAGAAGCCGAACAUGAGGACUAUGACUUUGAAAUUGGUCUAGUACGUUCUCAAGAACAAGAAGAAGAUGCAAUAAUUCCAAAUAAGCAGCCAACUCGAGUAAAUGAAAAUCAUGAAAAUCCGGAGAAGGAACUCGACAUACUGACUGAAGUUCCUUCGAUAGAACAGCCUCAGAUUGAAGAACCUGCCGAGGAACCAAUAACACAAGAGGAAAUCACUGAAGAAGAAGCAACUGGCUCAGAAAAUAAGAAUAGUCGAGUUACUAUCCAAACCUUCCAGCCCAAACCUUGGAAGCACCAAAAGUCACACCCACUGGACAAAAUUAUUAGUGACUUAUGCAAAGGAACUCAGACUAGAUCGCAAAUGAGGAACUUCUGUGCCUUCAAUGCUUUUCUAUCUACUUUGGAACCUCGCAACCAUAAAGAAGCCUUAGAAGACCCUGACUGGAUAUAG